AUGAGAGCAAGCACAAGGGCCUGUAGCCUGUGUCGUGUCCGAAUUGUGGAAAAGGCUUUGCCCAAAAGUCUCAUCUCACUCAGCAUCAGAAGAAGCACGCUGGGCAGAAGACUUCCAAGUUCUUGA